AUGGAGGGCGCUGAAGGAGCCCAGCAGGUACUAGAUGAAGAAGAACCUGUUCUGAUCACCCAGUUCCUGGCAGACCUGGAGGACACCCUCAGCCCCAUCACAGAGGAGAACAGCGCGGCUUCAGUUAAAAAACCAGGACCCAGCCCCCACAACUGGAGUGCUGAGUGGAGCUUUUGGGUUUCCAGUUCCACUUACAAGUACAGGAGUGAGGAGUUCAAGAGACAGUUCACACAUCUCCCUGAUUCCGAGAGGCUGGUGGUUGAUUAUGCCUGUGCUCUUCAGAAAGAUAUUCUGCUUCAAGGGCGUCUGUACCUCUCCGAAAACUGGCUGUGUUUCUAUAGCAACAUCUUCAGAUGGGAAACGACGAUUUCCAUCGCCUUGAAGGACAUCACCUUUAUGACAAAGGAAAAAACUGCUUGGCUCAUUCCAAAUGCCAUCCAGAUCGGCACGGAGGGUGAAAAGUUCUUUUUUACAUCAUUCGGGGCUCGGGACAGGAGCUACCUCAGCAUCUUCAGACUCUGGCAGAACGUGCUCCUAGACAAGAACCUGACCAAGCAGGAGUUCUGGCAGCUGGUUCAGCAGAGCUAUGGCACUGAGCUGGGCUUAAAUGCAGAAGAGAUGGAUAACCUGUCCUUGGCCUCAGAGGAGAGCUGGCAGACCAGGACUCCGGGGCGGAGCAGCUUUGACGAAUCCGGGGAAAGAGAGGAGAAGCUGUCCAAGUCCGUCAGUUUUUCCCGAGAGCCUAGUCUGCGGUUCCCAGAGACCGAGUCACCCAAUGGUGGCUCCCCAAGUGGGAGCUUCGGGAAGGAGUCGCUGCCCUGCGAGAAGCCGGACAAGAAGAGCCCAUUGCUGACGUCAGAAAGGAGGCCAAGCGGGGCUGCGAGGGGUCCGGCUCCACUUCGAUCCCUGGAUCUGAACAAGAACGAGUAUCUCUCUCUGGAAAAAAGUAGCUCUUCAGAGUCGGCCGGAGAAGUGGAAGAAAAUGUUCCUAGGAAGGACCUCAGCGGAAGACUGUAUAUAAACCGGGUUUUUCAUAUCAGUGUGGACCGAAUGUUUGAAUUGCUUUUCACAAGCUCCGGCUUCAUGCAGAAGUUCACCAGCUCCAGGAAUAUUAUAGAUGUGGUGUCCACUCCCUGGAAUGUGGAGGCUGGGGGUGACCAGCUGAGGACCAUGACCUACACUAUCAUUCUGAACAACCCUCUUACCGGAAAGUCCACGGCUGCCACGGAAAAGCAGACUCUCUAUAAAGAAAGUCAGGAAGCACGGUUCUAUUUGGUGGACUCGGAGGUGCUGACCCACGACGUGCCCUACCACGAUUACUUCUACACCCUCAACAGAUACUGCAUCACCCGGUCCUCAAAACACACAUGCAGGUUACGAGUUUCCACGGAUCUGAAGUACCGAAAACAACCAUGGGGCCUGAUCAAGACUCUGAUUGAGAAGAACUCCUGGGGAUCUCUGGAAAGUUAUUUUAAACACCUAGAGUCCGAGCUUUUAAUGGAGGAAUCCACACUUAACCAGUCCACUGAGGAUCCCGGUCAGCUGAGCACCUUGCGGAGGAGGAGAAGAACAUUCACCCGCAGCGUGACAGAACUGCUUCCUCAGCGGUCUUCCCGGCGGACACUGGGGGGCCCAGGCCUGGACCCCCAGGGUACAGGAAGAAAGAGGGAAGCAGAAACCCGGAACACUACCAUGAUUGUGGUGAUGAGCAUCUUCUUGCUCCUGCUUGUCCUCUUGAACGUGACACUCUUCCUCAAGCUGUCCAAGAUUGAACUCGCAGCUCAGUCUUUCUACCGGCUGCAUCUGCAGGACGAGAAAACCCUCAGCAUGGCCUCCGAGGUUGUGUCAAGAGAGAGUCCCCCUCAGCAGAACAAGGAUCAGGCCCACCGUCUCAGAAGCGUCCUGCAGGACUCCAUAGCGGUGCUGGAGCAGUUGAAGAGCUCCCUCGUUAUGCUCCAGAGAAGUUUCGAACUUCUGAACAAGACAAGCAACACGGUUGAGAGCUAGCAACCUGGACUUCUAAGACUGCCGCCCCCGAGAGGGUGAAAGGAGGAUGAAGGAAGACACGUGGAAGGAAGCCGAAGGAGGAGAACUGCAGGUUGUCAUAGGAACGUCUGCAUUUCUUUCCACCUCCCGGUACAUCUAAUAAAAGAUCAUAUCGAGUAAUACUAGAUCAUUUCCAUCACUACGGCUCUGAGAAAUUCACCCCACUCCUCCUGGCGUGUCAUCGGAACUGUGGAUUCCUAGCGGAAGCCUGAGGUGAGCAGGUGCACCGUGGGCCCAGUGGAAAAGCCCUUUCGAUGAGGCGCCAUGGACCACUCUUGUUCACUGGGGGCUGAGGUUUCGGAUCCGGUUCUGCCGCCAGCUUGGAACGAAUUCCUUGGAAAGGGGAACCCGGCUAGUAUGUAUUUACAGCUGAAAGGUUCUCGGCCUCAUGAUCAUACAGUGCCCAUCCUUCGCAUACACUCUUUCGUUUCCCAGGUUUACUCACUGUACGGAUUUCACCGUGUGGAUUUUAGGACGCAUCCUCUCGGCAGCUCCGCUGUCACUGGGGGUUUGCAGGCGGGUGGCUGCGAUCCUGCAGCUGCCCCAUCCAGCUUGUUGGGUGGCGUGGUCUCCGAAGAGAGAGGUUUUCUCCGCAAGAUGUCCAUCAGAGGGGACGUUGCUGCUGGCUGGGCAGACCAUCUGUUGCUCCAGGGAGAUUAGAUGAACAAGACCCAAAACAAGGCAUGCGGCCCUUUCCCACUGAGAACCCAGGCUUUUCAAGAUGGAUGAGUUGCUGCACUGUCUCGUGCUCGGCUUGGGCCGAGCCCCCACGACACUGGAAAGGGGAGCUUGUGGGGGGUGGGCUCCCGGUCCUCUGGGCCCCGGAGCUCCACCGUUCCCGUCCCAGAGGGGUGGCAGGUGUUUCUGUCGGUCAGACCAAGCCAGGCCCAGGCCUCGGCCCAACAAGAAAGCCCUGCGGCCGGCUGUUCCACAGCGUGAGCAUGGGCCAGCCCCGUGGACGUAAUCAAAGCCAGGGUUUGCUGGGAUGGGAUCUUGGCUGGGCGUGGUUGUUUCCAGGAUCUUUUCUCGUGUUGAAAGGGAGUCUUCUUCACUGCUUCCUUCUCAGCAUUCCCCUCUUACCAGUUUGAGGUCUCCACGGGCUUCCGGCCCCCUGAGGAGGCCAGUUUGCCCCCUCCAUUUCUGUGGAGACCAUCUAGCCCAAGGGAGAACCACGGUCCCCGCGUUUGCUCCUGGCUGCGCGCCUGCUGGUCCGCAGACCGGAGGCCCCCAGGUCCCCGGCUUUGGGCACAGGAUGUGGAAUUUUUAACUAAGUGGGGGGUGGAGGUGGGGUGUUUUGUCAAAAUGUUAACGAGCCAAAAGAGGGUAGGGAGCAGUUUCUCUGGCUGUUCUUAUACCAGAGUGAGAUGUAUCGGCAAUGACCUAAGUAGUUUUGUAUAAAUCGAGAGGUAUUUGUGUAUGCAAAAUGAAGGCUACUCAAUCGUCGGGCCAUUUCUGUAAAGUCCGCGUCAAUAAACGCACUGAAGUUGUGAGUGGA